ACUAUGUCGACAGUUUCGCCAUCAAGGUGCUCCAACAGGGUUUGAUUGACGCCAACCCCCUCACCUCAAUAUUAUCUGAGACUCUCAUCGCCCUUAGUCGAUGUCGUCGAUCCGAAGGAGGUUACUUAUAUGGGUGCACAUCCUUGCUCGUGGUAUGGCUUUUUAGGCAUCUCAAACCCUCUCCUAGUCACGGAAUCCCAGACGUUUAGUAUGAAUUGGUGUACGAUGGCUAUAGAAGAUCAAUUCAAGAAUUCACCAUAACAUCACCAACUUACAUGCAAGUCACUGCUAGUCAAUGGAGAGAUUUCUUUGCCUCAUUCGGUAAACACAAUAUGUCAUGGAAGGCACCAUAGAUGACUGGAGAAUAUAUCCUAUAUGGAUUUGAGAAAAAGCAUUAGAUACCAUUACUAAGGCCAACCGGAUGUGUAGCGUAUGCACCAAACAUGUUUAGGAGGCAAGUCGGUUGUCUUGAAUUCACUCCGAUGACCGGCGGGAUGGGAGAGUUGAACUUCACCUACUCAGAUCUGGAUGUGGAGACAAAGAGUAAAAAUGCUAUCAAGUUAUGGAAGAAACCAAGGCUCAUCGAUCAUUCAAUGAGCCAUGAAUACAAUAGAAGAUUCCCAGACCUUCACUCAUCUGUGACCCCGAAAUAUGCAAUAUGGAGCGAAAAUAGGGGAAGAGCUCUUACCAUGAGGAUGAAGGGAAAGAGUAAGGUGACAUAUGAGUCGGCAUUACCUCCUAGAAUCCACUUACAAGGAAGCACGCUUGCAAAAGAUAUGGAAAUAAGCAGGCUACAAAGAGAAAAUGAUGAAAUGAAGAUGCACCUGAAUGGAAGGGGUGGUAAAAUAAGAGAUUUCGAGACUAUCAAUGAGACUUUGAAAAAGAAAUUGAAAGUUUGGAUAACACUCGCCGUCAACAGAGGGUCAUCGUCAAUGAACAACAUGAGGCCAAUACCGCUCUCGGGGAACGGGUUAACCAGUUAGAAAAGCUGAGUCAUCGACGGGAAUUGGCUAUAAAAAGGUAUCAUCAAGAGAUUGAAAGGCUUCAACAAAAAGUUAACCAGUUAAUCGAGGAAAAUGAAUCGCUCCAGGAAGAAGGGUAUGGGUGGCAGAGUAUGGCACAAGAAUCAGAAAACAAUUACCUCAAAGAGACUGCCAAAGUCAAUUGCCUCAAGGGACUAGUCAUCGAUGCAAUAGAAAGAUAAGAGAAAUCAACGAGGCCAAUGUUUUGAAAACUUUUCUUUCGUUUUAAAAUUUAGGGCGCAAUCAAAUUUUGAGAACCAUCCUCUAUGGAUUUGGUUUUCUCAUGUCAUCAUUUGGGGACCUAAAAGUUUAGAAAAUAGGCCUGCAAAAAAAAAAGUAAAUAAAGUUAAUUAAAGGCCUAAAUUGGGUCAAGCCCAAACCCAGUCAUAGCCCAGAACAGUCAAUAAGGCCAAAUGCAGAUCAAGCCCAUCAGAUUGGUCAAAGCUCGGUGAACAACCCGACCCAGUCAGGUCUGUGUCCAACCCGGACUGGUUUGUCCACUGACUCGAACCCUGGUCCGACCUCUGACCAGUUACUGUAGCCACAGUGUCCUACAACUCAAGUUCUCCACCAAUGAAAAUCAAGCAGAGAGUGGCUCUAAACCCAGAACCAAUCAGAAUUGAACAAACUCCCCAAUAUACAGUAAAUCAACCCAAUAUAAAUACAAGCGCCUGGGCAACAGAGGAGGGCAGAGGUUUUCAGUCCACAUAUUCCCCAUCAGAAUUGAACAAGCAGAGAGUGGGUCUAAACCCAGAACCAAUCAGAAUUGGACAAACUCCCCAAGAUACAGUAAAUCAACCCAAUAUAAAUACAAGCGCAUGGACAACAGAGGAGGGCAGAGGUUUUCAGUCCACAUAAUCCACAUCCCUAUCCAAAGACAGUAGAGAGAAGCACCAAAGAAACCAUUCAUCUUCAUCCAAAAUUUAUCCAAGCUUUUACAGAGAGCUCGAGUGAAAACCCAGCAAGCAUGUAGAAAAUUAAAAAACCAACUUCCAUCUUCCUUUUUCCCUUUUCCGUUUCUGUUUUCGUAAAAGAUUCCAAGGAAAGUGGAGCAACAGAAAGUGAUCGGAUCAAGGAAAGCCCACGACUAGGAGAGGCCAAAAGAAGGAAGCAAGCAGCCAACAAAGAAGGCCACCACCAUCCCCAAGUCCCAAUCACAGAUCAAGGUUUGUCACUUUCCCAUUAAAAUAACCAUCAUCAUCACCCCAUACCAUUCACAUUUAAAAAGAGGAAAAGCUAACUUCUUUGGGGAACUUUUAAACUCAAUAUGCUUCUUUAAUCAUCAAUAAAACAGCAAAAAGAUCUAUAGUUCUGUCUCCCAUUUGCUGUUACUAUUGUUAUUUUAUCUCUACUUACUAUUAGUAUUUUAUUUGCCUAACUAAUCUCAACCAAAUCUGUCCUAAAACUAAUCAUUAUAAUCAAUUCCUCAAUAAAACAUAUAUGUGCUUGUCCUUUUAUAUACUUUAAAAUAUGAUUGUCCAUAACUAAUCAUAUUUCAAUUUUUUUUCACAGAUGGAAUGAGUUUGUUGUGCUCUACAAAAUGAGAUCAAUUUUCAAUAUUUUUUGAGAAAAAAUUAUUGUUUCUCGUUACCAACUCCAUACUAUAUGGUAUCUCUUCAUUUAUAAGUCGCUUUUGAAAUUUUUUGCACAGAAUGAAUAAGUUCAUCAUGAUCUAUUGGAUCUACAAAUUUCUGGGUGAACAAAAUAUAGGACAAAAAAAUAUCAUACAAUAUCACCCUGGUAUAAGAUGGUAUCUUGUGGUACAAAAUGUUGAAAGUCGCAAAUGACAGUUAGUAUACUCCUACUAUCAUGUAUUCAAUCAUCCUACAGUUUUGGUAUGUUCAUACCACCAUGAUAAGCUUUUUCAUAUCAUAUGGUAUGCUCUUAUUUAAUACCAGUCAAUACUAUAUGGUAUAUACUGGUAAAAAAUGGCUAAAUUUUUUGUUCAAAAAAUAUAUCAAAAUAGAUAUCAUUUUAAAAAGCACAAUUAAUAUGAUCUAACUGUGCAAACAAAUUUAAAUUCCGACUUAAAACGAGUGAGAAAUUGUCCGUGAAAGAUUAAGAGGGAAAAAAUUAAAAGCUUUCCAAAAGAGAGAAGGGGCACUAAUGUGGCGGAUGAUGAUUGAGUUUAUGCAUGGUUACUCAUCACAAGGUUAUGCAUAGGAUUCGUUCUUGGGGGUGGACGAAGUCUAUUAUUUCCUGAGUAUUGUCGAAAAUGAAUUGGAGAAUGGGUUGGAUCCUCUUAUUAAGUAAAGACUUGAGAGUUCUUUAAAUUUAUUUCGGCCAAUAGGAAAAUAAGAGAGAAUGGGAAGGUCUGAUCAUCAAAAAGAGCAAUUAUUUUUUUUUCGUUGAAUUUAGGAUAUUGUAGAAAAAAUAAAACUAAAAAUACUCAUUUGAAAUUAAUAUUAUUUUUAUUAUUUAAUGAAAUUUUAAAUUAAAACAAAAAAAUUUAAUUAAUAUUUUAAAGUGUUAAAAAUAAAAAUUCAAAAUAAACAAAUGUUGCGUCUUGCAAUGACAUUAUUAAUGUUUUUCAAUGAUAUUGUCAAUGUUAAUUAAAUGAAUUAGUAUUGAUAUGUUUCAUCCUUAUUAACGAUUUCAAUAUACUUAUCAAUGUUUUAAGGUUACAUUAUUAACGAUUUUACAUCAAUUGUUAGCUUUUUACAUGUUUUUCAUCCACGCUUAUGAAGGAAUUAUUAAAGUUAUGUCACAUCAUCAUAAAUAACAUUACUAAUGAUUUACAACAUCUCUUUGUUAAUAAUUCAUGUUUUUACGUUAUGUUCAUAACUAGCCAAUCAUUACUUCCAACGACAAUAUCAACGUUUUGAGAUAAGAUAAUAUCGCUUUAGAUUCUCAUUCUCAACAAUCAUAAAAGUACAACACUUAUCAUCACCCUCUUCUACGCUUGUUACAUACUGCGCUUUUGAUUCAGUUAAGCAAAACAUUAUUCAAGCAAAACAUUAGUUCAUGGAGGUGUAAACAAACCAACAUUCACACUACAGCACCAAAUCGUUAAUAACAAUACAAGAAGUCAUUGAAAAAGAAAUUGUAUUUCGUUAAAAAAUACAAAAAUAUUAAUAAUGUUGAAACUCAAUGUUAAGUAUAAUUACAAUUAAUGAGCACUUCUACUAUGCUAUAUAGUAUUGGUGCUUUAAUGUACAACUUGAAGUUGUACCAUAACAAUAAAUGUAUAAGUUAAGG